AUGGGGUCCCCGGGCAAUAGGUGAUCAUGGGGCCCCUGUGUCCUUGCCCACACUCAAAGCACACCCAAAAAAGCCUAUAAAAAGGUACCAGGGAGCAUCUCAUGGGGCCCCCUACUGACCCCGGGCCCUCGGGCAGUGCCCGAGUUUACAAAUGGUCAGUCCGCCCCUGCCCCUCAGUGCUCUGGACUGGGACAAGUACACACUAUAGAGGGAUGUGCUUUGUUCAUAUUUCAUGUCUGAGGUUUAAUUUUUCAGAAAUAAUUGUCAGUCUUUGCAGGUUGAACGAUGUCCAGAUAUAAUCCGUUUUUAGUUAAAGCACGCACGUUCA